GUGAGUUGAGUGGGCUGGGCCAAGGUCCACUCAUCUUCCAAUUCAGUCAUUGGAGCUGUGAGGUGACAGCACCGAAAAUAGUCCAAGAGAGGGUAUAUAGGGCCCAGAGCCAUUCAGAGCCACUCAGACUCGCACUACACACCAACUGUCCAGGAAGAAGCCUUAUACCAAAGAGAUCCAGCCACAACAGCACUGGAAGAGCAGGAGCAACUGCAAGCUGCAAGAACUGAGAAGAACUGAAGCUUCCCAAGAGGAGACAACCAGAACAUCUAAAGCUUAAGCCAAGUUUCAAGCUUUCAAUCUACAAGACUUGAGAAGACCAUUCUCAAAAGUGAAGGAGAUCUGAGGAGAUAAAGGCUUAAAGCUCCAGAAAAGCAAACCUAGAGAAGAUCUAAAACUUAACCAAGCAAACGUUUGACUUGAACGUCCAAGAACAUCACAAAGAAGCCAACAGCUUAGCUGCUGAUUUACCAAACUUCUCAGAUUUGCUUCUUGAGAGACGAGGAGAACUUCUUAGGUGAACAUGAAGUACUACCAGUGCCCAGUGACCCCAACUGUGACCUACGAGGGCUGCAGCUCCAAAAUUGUAAGCCCAACAUCCUGCCUGCGUCCUCACAAGUCCAUCAAACCCGUCCGCAGCGUCCACUUCCCCAACGAUGUCCUCUUCCAGGAUUACGUCCGCCAAGGCGAGCUGGAGAGGAUUGGUCGCUUUAUUAGAACCAGGAGAGUGACCCUGGACACCAUCUACCACUCAGGCAUGGCGGCCCUUCACGAGGCUGUGCUCUCGGGGAACCUGGAGUGUGUGAAGCUGCUGGUGAGCUACGGGGCUGACAUCAUGCAGAGAGAUGAAGAAGGAUGGACGCCGCUCCACAUGGCCUGCAGUGAUGGAUUUCCAGAAAUUGCAGAGUAUCUGUUGUCCUUGGGUGCUGAUCCAGAAGCAGAGAAUGAAUGUGGAGAGAAACCUGCUGACCUCAUUGACCCAGACUGCAAAGAGCUUGUGGAGCUGUUUGGGGUUGGAGGAGACUGAGAUUUCUCCCGAAUUCUUCUCAGUUUGCGAUAAAACAAGCCAGAUGGUUCUGUUGGGACAGCCACUGUCACGGUUGAAGUCUUCAACAAGGCCCUUCGGUCAUAUCCGCCUGGGCCUGAGCGCUCAAGGUGACCAUGGUGGUCAGCUGAAUGGAGAAGUGGCUCUGUCCUCUACAUCGAAGGAUUCUACCUUCAGUGACUGUGCACAGCUGCUUUCAUCCCAAUGAAGAGCUAUACACGAAGCAGUUCGAGAUCAGUUUGUGUUUAGCGCUACUGUACUACAUUAUAGGCUGUAUAAAUGAUGUGGUUUGUAUAGAUUUCGUAACAACUGCAUUUUAUACACUUGUGUAAUUGUGCAAUCCAAGGCUGCUCAUGCUGUAAAAAUUGUGUUUUUAUUUCCCUUUUGCCUUUAUAUUGUGACUCUCUUUUGGUACACUGAAAUAUUUUUUGCUGAUUAUAUAGGUGUGAUUUUUAUUGCAAUCUUGCACUGCACGGCCUA